UUUACACAAUAACGGAAAAUUUUCCAUCCGGAUUUUCCACCUCCACAUAUUUUUAUGUUGUGAACUAAGACUUAGUAUUUGCAAAGGUACUCUUCCCUAAACGAUAUUCAAACAGUUUCUGGUUCAUGAAUUUUCUCUAAUCAUAAACAUUCUCGAAAUAAAGUAUAUCAUCACGAAAUAAUUAUUACUCUUGAUAUUUGUAUCUAAAGAAAUGUACAAGAAUCUUCUAACUUUCUUGAUAGGCCACGUAAUUGUGCACGGCGUUGUGCUAUUAUCAAUAUUCGAUAUAUAUUACCAGUCGACAGUGGUUGAGAAUAUUCGUCCACUGCAAUGGUCAAUUGGUAAUGCUGCUGCUACAAGACUAGUAUUAUUUGUAGCCGAUGGUCUUAGAGCGGAUAAAUUCUAUGAAUUGAACGAGGAAAAUACAUCAAGAGCGCCAUUUCUAAGAGACAUCAUUCUUCAUAACGCAACAUGGGGUGUUUCUCAUACCCGAGCACCUACGGAAUCUCGACCUGCUCAUAUUGCAAUGCUUGGUGGGUUCUUCGAAGACCCAAAUACACUGAUGGCAAAAUUUCAAGACAAUCUGGUGGAAUUUGACACAGUUUUGAACGAAAGUAGGGAAACAUGGGCCUGGGGUGGUUCGGAUGUUUUACCAUUUUUUAACAAAGGCUCAGCCAGAUCACACGUGCAUGUAGACUGUCAUGAUUACAACGAAGGAAAACUUUCUAAAUUAGAUGUUUGGGUUUUCAACAAAGUAAAAGAGUUGUUUAGUAACGCAAAAUCAAAUGAAAAACUACGUGAGAAACUUAUGCAAGAUAAGAUUAUAUUUUUCCUACACCUGGCAGGAAUUGAUAGUAACGGUCACCGACAUCAUCCUGGAUCGAGGUUCUAUCUUGAAAACAUAGGCGUUGUUGAUCAAGGAAUCGAAGAAAUUGUAGAAUUGUUUAAUGGAUUUUACAGAAACGAUGAAAAGACCGCAUACAUAUUCACCGCCGAUCAUGGAAUGACUGAUCCCGAUGGUGGCCAUGGCGGUGGAAGUCCAACCGAAAUUAAAACACCUAUAGUUUCAUGGGGUGCUGGAAUAUCAUCAAAAUUGGUUGAAACUGCUGCUUCCGAAUUGACAAAUGAGGAAAUAAAAGAAACAAAGAACUGGCGUUUGAAUCCAAAGAUGAGAUCAGAUAUCUCACAACUCGAUAUAUCUGUCAUGAUGGCGGCAUUACUCGGGGUACCUUAUCCCGUCAACUCACUGGGAUCUCUUCCUAUGGCAUAUUUGGGAGGUGGUGAGAGAUUUAAUGCAUUGCAAUCAUUUGCAAGAGCAUCACAAAUGGUUGAAGGCUUCUUCACUAAAAAAUCGUAUGUUCAGAAAAAUGUUUUCUAUAUUUGGUUCCGGAGUUUUCAAAGAAACGAGGUAAAGAUAUGUGAUGAAAUGAUAUUCAACAUAAAGAAAGAAUUAGAUAAUGGCAAUUACGGACCAGCAAUUGCGAAAAGCAAGAUUCUUUUUGAGUAUGCAACAAAAGGUUUACAAUAUUAUCAAUAUUACCAUCGAACAAACAUAUACAUGUGCAUAAUUUCAUCACUUUUUGGAUGGAUGAUAUUGGCGACGUUGAUGGCAUUUCAAGAAAAAACUUUCAUUCAAGGUACUCGCACUGAAGUCGUGAAAACAUCAUUCGUGUCAUAUUUUGGACUUGUAUUUGCUAUAUGCAUUCUAUUAAUUAGACUGAGGAUGUUUGAAGUUACCUGGUCGUAUUACAUAUAUGUCAUCAUGCCCGUUUUAAUCUGGUACCUUGUUUCCACAAAGAUCCCAUACUUACUAAGUGCAAUGAAGAUUCUUCAAAAAGGUCGCGUUGGUGUUGCGUUCUUCAUCCCAUUAAUGGCUGCAUGUCUUUACAUAUCAACAGCGGGAUUCUUCAAGAAAAACGUAUUUAUCGUUUUGACCAUUGCUGUAAGCAUUAUCGGUUUGAUAACUACAAAAUCCAAAAAUCAUUUGGCAAAAGUAGCGUGGGCUGCACUGUGUUUAUGCUUGCUUCCAUUUUUCAGAUUUACUGAAAUUGUUAGAUCUGACGAAAAGAAAGACUUAGUAUUUCUUGGGGGAAUAUGUGCGUCAUUUUUGUGUUUCUGUCUGCGUAUUUUACACUCGAAACGAAAACGCAAAGAGCCUGCAGUGCCAAGGAGGACUAUUGUUUUAUGCUCUUAUAUUACAUCGAUAUUGCCUUUCACAUCGGGAUUUUUUGGAUAUUUUGCACCUGUGUAUUCAACCCUAUUGGCAAGAGGAAUUUUAUUUUUCAGUUGGGUAAUACCCAUUUUCUGUAGCACAGAUGUGUACGACCGGUUGGUAACUCUUCACAUAUGGCAUUUAUCAUCUUACAUACUGUUAAGCCAAGGUCAUGAUGCGCUAUUCUACGUUAUAUGGACUGCGCUACUUCAUACUUGGAUAAUUUUGGAAGACGAGCAAAGUAUCUUGAAAAUGACCAACAUUACUCAAGACAAAGAUAUUGAAAACGUGGAUCCCGAAGCAGAACUUCGUUCAGAAAAUACCCGGAAUCAAAAUUUAUCAGGCCUGGAUGACGUUCGACGCACAUGCAUUGUUUUAUUUUUUCUUCUAAUCGCAUUCUUCGGCUUAUACAGCGUUGAAUGUUUCAAUCAUUUCCGUGUUCGAAGACUUCCGUUUCUACCUAUUACCAACUCAUUUACGUUGCUUUUAUUAAACUUUUAUAAGAUAUUCCUUCACUACUUAACUGUAGGAAUCUCUAUUUGCGCUAUUGCCUCACUAAGAAAAACGUCUGGUUUUGUUAACUGGUAUAUCGCAGUAAUAUUGAGUGAUAUAUUGACGGUAUACUUUCUGUUUCAAGUGAGAGAUACCGGAUCGUGGGCCGAAAUUGGAUUUUCAAUUGCAAAUUUUGGAAUUGUUAUAGGACUACCUAUUGGGCUUCUUAUAUUGGUUUUAAUCGGGAAAAUGCUUCUAUCUAUAAGACUACCAAAACGACUACAGCUUUGAGGAUAUUUCUUCAACUAAUAUUGUGGGUGAUUUCUAUGCUAUGGGGAUACCUGAACAGUUUUUCAAUUCACCAAAUUUCUAAAAUCUAUCUGUUUGUUUCCAACAGCUAUUUAUUCACAAAACAAAAUCAGAUCUCUGCUCAUCAUCCGAAAAUACUUGUUAAUAAUUAAGAACGAACGGAGAUAGUUUAACACAACAUUUCUUUAUUGACAAAAAUUUGGUAUGGUUCAUUAGUUCAUUGGGCAGUAAAACAAUAUAGAUGGAAUUAAUUUGAAUUGUUAGUUAGUCAGAUUUCUAGCACUGAAUAUCAUUGAUUCGUGAAUAAAUUUUUGUUGUCUUUAUUUUUAUUCGGAAAUUUGCAUGCACUGUGUGUUUAUAUAUAUAUACAAUUUUUUUUUAUC